AACUGCCCCCCUUCGCCGGUACACCGAGAGAGAGGCGACGGCAUGGCGGCACCGGAGGCUGGACUUGCUGGAGAUCUGGAUGAGGUCUCGAAGAUCAUGGGUCGGAUCAGGUCGGAGGACGAGGCGUGCAGGAUCGCCGCGGCCAGGGAGAUCAGGCGGCUGACGAAGACGUCGUCGAGGCACCGGAGGCAGCUCGCCGGCGCCAUCGUUCCCCUCGUGUCGAUGCUUCGGUCUCUAAGCUCGGACUCUGGUGAACCCGCCAUCCUAGCCCUUGUGAAUCUCGCCGUCAAGGACGAAAGAAACAAGACAAAGAUUGUGGAAGUUGGAGCUCUGGAGCCACUUCUUCACUUCUUGCAAUCAACAAAUUCUAGCUUACAAGAAUAUGCCACCGCAGCACUCCUCACUCUCUCGGCUUCCUUCCCCAAUAGACCUAGUAUCAGUGCCUCCGGUGCCCUUCCUCUCCUGAUCAAAAUCCUUGUGGAUGGCAAUCCGCAAGCCAAGAUUGAUGCUCUCAUGGCAGUCUACAAUCUUUCGACAAUAUCUGAAAACCUCGGCAUCAUUCUCCCGCUGCACCCUAUUCCUCCUUUGUUAUGUUUGCUAAAAAGCUGCCGGAAGUCGUCCAAGAUCGCUGAGAAGUGCAGCGCACUCUUGGAAUUGUUGGUGAGUUUGGAGGAAGGAAGGGCUGCUUUAACAGCCGCGGAAGGUGGUGUGCUCACCAUCGUCGAGGUGCUAGAAGAAGGCUCACUUCGGAGUCGAGAACAUGCAGUAGGAAUCCUCCUCACACUAUGCGAGAGCGAUCAGUGCAGAUACAGAGACAUCAUACUCAAAGAAGGCGCAAUUCCUGGCCUUCUUGAGCUCACCGUUCAGGGGACCCCAAAGUCUCAAGUGAAGGCUCACUUGCUGCUUCAGCUUCUGCGAAGCUCGCGAUCAAAAAGAUCGGAAUUGCAAGCCGGCACUUUCGAUAGCAUCGUUUGCAACAUAGUGUCCAAAAUGGAUGGCGGCGAGCAGAUGGGAAAGGCAAAGAAAAUGCUGGCAGAUAUGAUAAAGGUGAGCAUGGAGCAAAGCUUGAGGCAUUUGCAGCAGAGGGCCUUUGUGGGCUCUAGUCCAAAUAAACCGCCCUAAUGGUAACUGUCUUGCGAGUGUUGCGUGCAUUGUUUUCCUCAGAGCUAGGAGUGGAACUACGAAGGUAAUAAAAAUGAUAUUGAUUUGCCAUGCCAGUCCAGGCCAAUGGUGGUAUCAGGUGACUGGUGUAUAGUUCAUAUUGUAGUUGAAUGGAUGUCUUUUUCAGUGCUUGUGUCGUCUAAAAAAAAGUGGACGUGUCAUCCCUCUCGGGGAAGAAAAGAAAAUUGUAUGUGCCCUCUCUGUCAAUGUCGAUAAUAUUUAAUGUUCUGUA